UAAUUUCCAGCUCAGUUCUUUAUCAGUCCCGUGUCGCAGCGAACCAGAAUGUUCGUGUUAAAAUUUCUCCCUCUGGUUGUAAUGGCCACUUGGGUGGCCACAACUUCACCAACGGAACCGGAAUCGUUCCUGCUAGGUGGAACGGUGACAUCUUUCGGCCAGUUUCCAGCGGCAGCACACAUCGUAACGCCGGAUCGCACGCUUUGCGGGGCGGCCGUGAUCGACGAACGCCAUGUGGUCACGUUGGCUCAGUGCGCGCUAAACGCUACCCACCAUCUGCACAAUCCCCGCUUGAUUCGGGUCAACACGGGUGAGAUCAGUUUGAUGCCAGUUUCGUGGUCUCGCCAGACUAGUCUGGGAGCCGUGAUCUACGCGCACGAAAACUACAAACCGCACACGUUGGAGAAUGACAUCGCUGUCAUACGAGUUCAGACUCCGUUUCAAUUGCCCAGCAACGAAGUGGAACCGGCCCGGCGUCAAACUCGAAUCGUUGCUAAUGCGGCAGUUUGCCAGCUUGCUGGUUGGGGUGUGCUGGCCGCUACCGAUACGGCGGUCAACGCACAGCAACGAUACAUUCCGAUCUCAAUCAAUGAUCGGGAUGCGUGCAACGGUGUACGGGUGGCAAUGCGCGUUUUCGAGACUAUGAUAUGUGCUGGUAAUAUGGUGGCUGCUGCAACUGGGCCCGCUCCCUGUCCACAAAGUAUCGGUUCGGGGUUGUACUGCAACGGGGACCUAACCGGGCUGCUGUCCUUCGGCAUGAACUGUGGCGCGGCGGCCAACCCACCGACCUUCACCCAGAUACGGUGGUUUAAUCCGUGGAUCAACCAAACGUUGACGAGAACCGACAUUCCACCCUUGGGUUGGUCACCGUUGAAUUCUUAGUUAGGAAUAUAUUUGAUUCUAAAUAAAAAUUGAUUUCUCAAAAAACUGUUUAAGAUAAUAAAACAUUAUGGUAAUAAAGUGAUUUAUUUUUCCCAUUAAUAA